ACCUUCAUUUUCAAGAUGGCUGACGAAGACAAGUACUCGGUCCUUCUGCCAACUUACAAUGAGAGAGAAAACCUUCCUGUCAUCAUUUGGCUUCUCGUUAAAUACUUCAGCGAAAGUGAUUAUAAUUAUGAGAUAAUUGUCAUUGAUGAUGGAAGUCCAGACAAAACAUUAGAGGUUGCAAAACAACUUCAGAAGAUUUAUGGAAGUGAUAAAAUUGUCUUGCGCCCCAGGGAGAAAAAGCUUGGUCUAGGAACAGCAUAUAUUCAUGGAAUGAAACAUGCUACAGGGAAUUUUAUUAUAAUAAUGGACGCAGAUCUUUCACAUCAUCCAAAAUUCAUCCCAGAAUUUAUCAAGAAACAGAAGGAAGGAGACUAUGACCUGGUCUCAGGAACACGUUACAUUGGGUCAGGGGGUGUGGCUGGCUGGGACUUCAAGAGGAAACUUGUCAGUCGUGGUGCAAACUACUUGACACAAGUGUUGCUAAGACCAGGGGCCUCGGAUCUAACGGGAAGUUUUAGAUUGUACAAAAAAGAUGUUUUACAAAAGUUAGUGAGUUCCUGUAUUUCUAAAGGCUAUGUGUUCCAGAUGGAAAUGAUAAUCCGGGCCAGACAAUUUGGAUACACCAUUGGGGAGGUUCCAAUCACUUUUGUUGACAGAGUGUACGGAGAAUCAAAACUUGGAGGAAGUGAGAUCAUUCAGUUUCUCAAAGGACUUAUGUAUCUAUUUGCAACAACCUAGGUGCAUGUUGUAUAUGUAAAUUAUAGAAUAUACAUUUGUUAUUGUUAUAUUUCCUCUGUAUUUAUUAUGAAAUAUCAAGGCCCAACUUAGGAGGGAUUCAUUUCAUAUAAAUUGUGUUUAAAAAUUCAUGAAAUUUUCUCACAAUGAAGAAGACAAUAUCACAAGUGAUUGUAUCAUUUCACUAGCAAGGUCAGGUCAAGGUCAUUAUGUUUGUUUCUGGACAAUUAUUAAGGAUUAAAAAUUAUGUUGCUAAUCA